GCUGCAGGCAGCGGGCAGCCCACACCGACAAUGAUGGCAAGCUCUAGAGCAGAGGAAGCUGCGAACAAGGACAUUUCCGAACCCGGAUUAGCUCUCUUUGGACCUGUUCACCCUGUCCUGGCGGCCUUGACCCCGGCCGUUCAGGACCGGCUCUUCGCCUGCAGCUCCGGGCUCUCGCGGAAACACCUCGAGGCUCAGACAGAGCAGCUGCGCGGCUUGUGCGAGCAGCUCGCGGCCUCAACACGCGAGGAGCAGUUCGUAGUGCAAGAGUUGGAGAAUGAAGCAGGCACAAGAGCUGCCGCGUAUGGAGCGCAUGGUGCUCAUUCACAAAGCUUGAAUGCUGACCAGGCCCUUCAGAAGCUUUGCCUAAAGCUGCAAGCGCAGCAGCACGAUCUGCGAUGCCAUGAGGAAAUCAAGGAUGAGCAGCAUCGCGAGAUCGAGGCUCUUGUCUCCCGAAGAGAUUUCGAAGAAGCCGAGGCAGACGAGGCAUGUCGUCAGGCCACCGACCUCAACGUGGACAUCCGAAGCUGCCGGAGGACUUGCGGUAGCCUGGAGAGUGAGAUUGAGUCGGAGGAGGCUCGCGCGGCGGCACUUCGCGAGGCUUUUGAGGGCAGACGCUCUCGCUUUGCCACCGCGGAAGCAGCUGCCAGGAAUGCCGAGAUCAGCACCAUGAGGGCGACGAGGCGCCGAAUCGCCGCAGAAGUGGCGGCCCGUCGCGAAGCCGAAGCCGUCGUAGAGGCCGAGCAGCUUCGCGAGGAGCAGCUCUCCAAGACCGCCUUGCACUGCGAGGCGAUAAGUUCCGAGAUCGCUGAAGCUCGGGCAUAUGCAGUACUGCAGGCAGUCUCGGAGGGACCAAGUCGACGCAUUGUGGACCCAGCAAUUCUCAAGGCAGAGCUGGGAACAAGCCUGCGGCGCGAAAUCGAUGAGGCUGAACGUGCCAACCGUGCGGAGGUUGCAGAAGUUGAGCAGUUCCAUCGAGAAGCUUCAGAACUUGAGGCCAAGCUGGACUCCUUGCAUCAGCACGUCGCUACACGUGAAAGCGAAUUGCAUGCCAUGCAGCGACGGCUUCUCAGAGAAAGGUCUGUUGAUGCUAGAACACCGACGCGAGGCGAGGUGGUCACGCCUUCUGAGGACCAGAAGUCGGCGUCAGCUGCAGUUCUGGAGGCCAUGGAGAGACGGGUGGCAGAAGGCCGGCAGCGUGAACAGGCCCUGCGCGAUGAGUUGAGUCAAGUCCUUGCAUGCAGGUCACUGAGCAGUGCCCGGGCUGCUAACGAAUACAAGGACAUGGGGCGGGAUCACAAAUUCACAUAG